CAGGAGUGCAGAGAGAGAGGGGAGGAACGCAGCGUAGCAUUUCCACCCAGACCAGCAUGACUGAUCUUAAACUUCCCUUCUAUCUGCGGUGCAGCAGCGACUUUGCUACAGGUCUUUGAGAGACAGAUCUAUUGCAUUGCCCGAUCCUACCCACUGUUUUCAGCGACAGACCGUAGGGUAGGAUAGAAAAGCAUGAACAUAGAACGCAGUGAGGAGCAAAGAGACGGCACGAGAGGACGGUAACGGUCCGGAUAGAAGAGUUGCUUUGAAGAGGGUGACGGGAGUGACCCACCAUGUGCAGCUCUCUGAGUCCCAAGCAGCCGAUUGGCCCAGGCCUGACGGAUAUGCAGCAGUACAGCCAAUGGCUGGCCAGCCGCCAUGAAGCCAGCCUUUUGCCAAUGAAGGAAGACCUAGCCCUAUGGCUAACCAGCAUGCUGGGUCUGGAGAUCACAGCAGAGAGCUUCAUGGAACGUUUGGACAAUGGCUUCCUGCUGUGCCAGCUGGCUGAGACGCUACAGGAGAAGUUCAAGCAGAACCAGACUCAGAACCAUGGAGAACUGCCUCUUGGCAAUGGAAAGGUUCUAGAACGCAUCUCUGCAUUUAAGAACCUUGGUGUGAUCCUGGACAACAAGUUCUCAACCAACAUCAUGGCGGUGUCCGGUUCCUCAGGCUGUCAGCAGCACUACAACAUGGGUGGUGGACUGACUGUUUUCUGGCUAACGAUUGGUUUAUUUUUCUCUACUUUCAACCCCAACCAGCUGGCCCCAUUAGACAUUUUAUUUAGAUCAUGCACUCUUUUCCAUGUAUUUCUCCCCUUAGUUCUUCACAAACAGCCACGGGAAGUAUGCCUCUGUCUCCUACAACUGGGAAGGAUAGCAUCUCGGUACAACGUGGAGCCUCCGGGGCUUAUCAAGCUGGAGAAGGAGAUAGAACAGGAGGAGAAAGUAUCUCCACCCUCACCUGUCUCUCCCUCCCCAUCCCUCUCUCCAUCCCCCUCUCCAAACCCCCCAUCCCCCUCUCCAACCUCUCCAUCCCCCUCUCCAACCAAGUGCUUGUCGUCUAGCAAGAAGAGCACAGGGAAGCUGCUGGAUGAGGCUGUGAAGCAUAUCUUUGAGGAGCCUCCCUGCAAGUGUCCCAAUAAAUUCUGUGUGGAGAGACAGGCUCAGGGCCGCUAUCGCGUCGGGGAGAAGAUGCUCUUCAUUCGGAUGUUACACAACAAGCAUGUGAUGGUGCGUGUGGGAGGAGGCUGGGAGACCUUUGAGAGCUACCUGCUGAAACACGACCCAUGUCGGAUGCUCCAGAUCUCCAGAGUGGAAGGGAAGACCUUUCCCAUGUCCCCCAAGUCCCCCAACACCAAGGAUCUCACCCCAGACAGCUACUUGGUGGUGGCCGCACACUACCGCAGCAAGAAGUAAAGAUGGCCAUACACUACCGCAGCAAGAAGUCAACUGACGCUUCAACCAAGGGGAUCAGUUUGAGCAAUGCGAGGAUGGUGGUGGUGGCCUACUACCGCAACAAGAAGUAAAGAUGGCCACCUACUACCGCAACAAAAAGUAAAGAUGGCCACCUACUACCGCAACAAAAAGUAAAGAUGGCCACCUACUACCGCAACAAGAAGUAAAGAUGGCCACCUACUACCGCAACAAGAAGUAAAGAUGGCCACCUAC